AUGGGUUCUAAGAAAAUAUCUCGCAAGAUCUUUGAAUACAAGCAAAAAAUCCGCAAUCCCAAAUCACCAGUCUUCUAUACCACUUUAUUUUUUGCAAUAUUUCUUUUCAUCUAUGUUGAAAGCAUCUACUCAAAUUCUACCCUACAGUCCUUUGACUUGACAAGCCAUGAAACUCUAAAGGAGGAUGAUGAUCAUCUUAUUGAUGAAUCAAUUGAAUUGUCAACUACUGACAUUGGUGACACUCCUCAGCUUUCUCUGGAAGAGGAAGAGACUGAUAUUGAAAACCAUGAUCCUCUUAUUCCUCCUGAGAAUGUAUCAAGGAAUGAAAGGAUUGCAUGGUUCAGAAGACUACUUCCUGAACUAGAGAUUCUACAGUCAAGUAACUUAUCACAGCAAUUUCAUAGUAGAGUCUUGAACUUCCUAAACCAAGGUUGUUCAGUGCUAUUCCACAUCACAUGGUUUUCUCCAGCACAAUCCUUUGGGAAAAGAGAGUUUCUCACCAUGGAUACACUUUUCAAAGCACACCCUCAAGGAUGCUUGUUGAUUAUAUCAAGAUCCAUGGAUUCUAAACGUGGAUACAGAAUUUUGAAACCUUUGCUUGAUCUUGGUUUCAAAGUUUAUGCAAUCACUCCAGAUUUGCCUUUCUUGGUUAAGGACACCCCAGCUGAAGGUUGGCUUGAAGAGAUGAAUAGUGGUAACAAAGAUCCUGGACAUAUCCCAUUGUCCCAAAAUCUUUCUAAUCUCAUUAGGCUAGCAAUGUUGUACAAAUAUGGUGGGGUUUACAUGGACACAGACAUGAUAGUACUUAAAGAUUUCUCAGAGUUGAGAAAUGCAGUUGGAGCACAAAGUGUAGACUCAGUGACUAAAAAAUGGACUAGACUGAAUGGUGCAAUUAUGAUAUUUGACAUUAAUCACCCUAUUUUAUUGGACUUUUUGCAGGAAUUUUCUGCAACUUUUGAUGGAAAUAAAUGGGGCCACAAUGGGCCUUACUUAGUUUCAAGGGUUAUAGAGAGAGUGGGAAGCACACCAGGAUACAACCUUACAAUUUUGCCUCCUAAAGCCUUCUAUCCUGUGGAUUGGUUGAGAAUUGGAAGGCUUUUCAAGAAACCAGAAAAUGAGUCAGAAUCAAGAUUGGUGGAAAGCAAGCUAAAUGAACUAUCUGAGGGAGAGACCUUUGCAGUGCACUUGUGGAACAAGAGAAGCAGAGAAUUGGCUAUUGAAGAGGGAAGUGUCAUGGCAAGAUUAAUCUCAGACCACUGUGUUGUUUGUGAUAGCAUAAUAUAG